UCUUAAAGCUAGCUAAAGUCAACAGUGUGGAAGUCAGUCAGUCCGUCUGUUAGCUGGAACUUCAACGUCACAAUAUACCUGGAAAUAUAACGUUGUAUACUCCUCAUCCUGUAUCAAUAUGAGUGAUCCUUGGAAAGAGUGUAUGGAUCACUGUGUGGAGGUCACCAAAGCGGCUGGGAAGAUGAUCCGCGAGGCGCUCCAGAAGGACAUCGCCGUCAUGCAGAAGAGCUCACCAGUUGACCUGGUGACUGAGACGGACCAGAAAGUGGAACAGCUCAUUAUAUCCUCCAUCAAGGAAAAGUACCCCACUCACAGCUUCAUAGGUGAGGAGUCAGUCGCAGCAGGCGCUCCCAGUGUUCUCAGUGACAACCCCACUUGGAUCAUCGACCCCAUCGAUGGCACCACCAACUUCGUUCACAGGUUUCCAUUUGUGUCCGUAUCAAUUGGCUUCACCGUGAAGAAAGAGAUAGAGUUUGGGAUUGUCUACAGCUGCAUCGAGGACAAAAUGUACACAGCACGGAAAGGAAAAGGAGCGUUCUGCAACGGAGAACCAAUCAAAGUUUCAGGACAAGAAGAUAUCAGCCAGUCUCUAGUGCUGACAGAAAUGGGCUUCAAGAAGAAUCCUGAGCAGUUCAAAACAAUGCUGGCCAACAUCAGGAGCAUCCUCACCAUCCCUGUUCAUGGGAUCCGCUCCCCGGGCAGUGCAGCUGUCAACAUGUGUCUGGUGGCGUGCGGCUCGGCGGAUGCUUACUACCACAUGGGCAUCCACUGCUGGGACAUGGCUGGAGGGGCGGCGGUCGUCACUGAAGCUGGAGGAGUUAUCAUGGACAUCUCAGGUGGGCCGUUUGAUCUGAUGUCUCGGAGGCUGAUCAUCGCCAGCAGCAGAGCAAUAGCGGAGCGCAUCGCCAAGGAGAUAACAGAGUUUGAUGUUGGCAGGGACGACACAGAUGGCCAGUAAAUUUCUCACAACUUUACAGAUAUUUAAUCACCCGACUGUUUUGUAUUUAACAAGUCACGAUUCCGUCUUUGCCUUAAGAACCAAAACAAUAAAGUUACCUCUGAAGAACUCUGAAGUUUGUGAGCGCGUCAGCGCUUCAGACUUCUUUUCAUUGUUGUGUUUCUGCACUUUGCCAAUCACAGAUUCAGACUUUUUUUUAUGUUGUUACUUAUUUAGACAGUAUUGAUGUGAGGAAUUACGCCUGUGUGUUCUAAUACACACUUGUUUUUAAGCCAUAUUUACUUAUUUAUUUGUGUGGACAAUGCAGUCAGAACAAGAUCAUGGAAUUACUUUGAUAACAUAGCAUUCAGCACUCCUGAAGUAAUUUUAGUAUAUGAUCAGAUGUUGACCAAAACUAGGAGUUGGGAUUAAGUUUUGAAGUAUAAACAUAGAAAUUUGUCGGUGUGUGUGUGUCCUUCACAUAUCUUGAGAACCGUUCAUCAGAUCUACUUCACACUUGGCAGAUGUUUUAUUGGAGAUCAAAAGCACGUGCAGUGUCAAAGUUGGUGCAAUUCAGACACACGACAUUCAGACACACGACCUGCAGAAAUGGGGGGCGGGGCUCUGGGCUCUGCUGACUGGAUUGAGCAUGUCGUCCUGCAAAAUCUCUUCCCUAAAUCCAUGCUCUACUUUAUACCCGCGGUGGUUUUGUUAAAGCCCAUGACUAAUACGCCUGUUUGGAAAUGAAUAGCUAUAACUCACCAGGGUUUGUGACCUUAAGUGUCUGCAACUUGGGUGUGUUUUACAAGAGCGGAUUUAGUGAUUUGGUGCUCACACCUUCUUCUUUACUUUACACCCUUUCCUUAAAUUAGCACUCAAGUACUCAAAACUUCUCAUCCAAAGUAAAGAAAUAUUAACUACAAAUAUUAAAACUAUUAAAUUACACACAGCAAAAGUCCUGCAUUCAAUUUUAUUUUUAAAGUAAAGAGUAAAAGAGAGGUAUUAUCCACACAAUGCCCUUAAAUGUACCUAAUAUCUGUUCAAAGUGGAGCUUCUCAUUCUAAUAUAAUGCUGAAUAGUUUAAUGCAUCAUAUUUAAAUUGUUAUAUUAAGACACAAUACAUACUGUUGGUAGAGUUGCAAAUAUUCAAGUACUUUGGGCACCUUUUGUAAGUCAAUCUGACCUACUGUGAGUUAAAAAACAACAUAUUUGAUAUCUAAACAUCAGAUUAAAUGUACAGCUGGUUGGGGCACCAGACAGUUUCCUGCCUUGCUUAAUGGUAAAGUCUGCCCAUGGUGUUUUUCCAUCAGUGGUCAGGACAUGGGUGUGUGUCGCAACUAUGUCACGAGUGUGACGCUGUUUGGGUGAGCGUUUCUCAAGAAGAUUGCAAACAGCAAUAUUAAAGGAAAAAAAACCCACAAUGUUUUGAACGGGUUCAUUGCGUGUUCAGUUAAAGAUGCAUUUGUUUACACAGUAAGUAAAUUAACUGUAGUGCCAUCCCAUUUCUAGUUUGCACUAUUGUUAUUGCAAGAAUUUGUACACACUGUGUGCAUAUAAAUGCUGUACUGUAUAACUUCUUUAUUAGUUCCAGACUUGAAAUACACUGGUAUUCUUGAAAACAUGUUUUAAUAUUGUGUUGUGUAAGGAUGUAAUGAAGGCAGCAAAUAAAGAGCACUAUAAAUA